UAUUCGGUGCAACGACUGGCUUUUUUAACAUGUCCUGUCAGCGCGGCCACAGAAUAAUUAAAAAAAAGAAGAGUGUCAAGUAUUCAGUAUCCCGACCCAGAGCGAGAGAGAGGGCUUGUAAUUCACUCGUUGAAACUGACAUCGGACAACGGGGCAGCAGCAGCUUUAAACAAGUAACAUUAUGAAACUUAUCGAGCAAAGAUGUUACUUGCUUCCUAUCAUCAUCUCAGCAGUCGGUCUGACACUUGGCCAGAUGAACGCAGGGACAGUUACUCCUUCACUUCCACUUGGUCCAUCCCUGACCACCUUGGCUCAGAUAGAUAACCGUAGCAUCAACGCCUCAGCGGGAAGUGGUACUACAACCAGUCCUCCUGUGACAACUGUUCUGUUGCCUUCAAACUGCACAGGCUUCAACACCUCGUCCUGUAGCCUCUGUUUGCCAGGGCACUUUUCCAAUAAUGCAUCCUUGAAUUGUUCUUGCUGUGCUGAUGGCUCCUGCUUUGCUCUGGAGGAUUGUCUGAUGUGCCCCCAGGGUUACUACCAGUCCCUGGCUGGACACAUGACAUGCGUGCCUUGUUCAAAAGGUACCUACACAAAUUCCACAGGGAGCAUGGAAUGUCACUCCUGCAACUCUGGGCUUUAUGCCAAUGAAACAGGUUCAACAGCGUGCCAGGACUGUCUACCAGGUUACUUCUCGAAUGUGAAUGCAAGUAUCUGUGCGUCUUGUGCCCAAGGAUUGUUUUGUAACACAACACGAUGCAGUGAGUGUACCAUCUGCCCUGGAGGGGAGGAAGCUCUGUCCACAGCUGCUACAGAGUGCACCAGCUGCCAGCCAGGAAUGUGCAAGCCACCAAAGGAUGUUCUCUGCAGAAUGUGCCAGAAUGGAUAUUACCAGAUAGAGCCGGGACAGGAGAGCUGUAACCUGUGUCCUGAGCAGCAUUACUGCCCCAGUCCUGAUGUGAUUCCAGUCCGUUGUCCAAGUGAUGCGUUCUGUCCGCCUGGCACCACUGCCCCUCGGUACUGCAUGGAAACGUUCUUCCUCAAAUCAGGAGAUCACUGUGUGCUCACCCCACUGACUAUAUCCCUGCUUGUCAUCAUUGCCAUCCUCAUUUUGCUGCUGAUCAUCAUCUUCAUCAUGCGCCGUAAAAAGGAGACCAUGCCACGGGACCCGGUCCGAUCUCCUCUACUGAGCAAAGAACAAACCCCCGGCCAAGAGACUCGCAUGUCUUAUGGGAUCUCCUGGGACUCGGAACCAUUGUACGCAGGGUGGUAACUGUGGCUUCCUCGUUCCACACCAGGGAUCUGGGAGUCUGGCUCACAAUAUUUUGCACAAUUAUAAACAAGGAAAACAAGAAAACAAUUGUGCACCUGAACGUAGCCAGUGUCAUGCCUGGAAACCAAAUUGUGAAACUACACUCUUGGCUGUUUCAAGUUUGUGGUGAAUUCUGGAGUUAUGUUGUAUCCGAUGGCAUCUUGACAACACAAUGAAAUGCACCAAUGCUCAUUUGUCCUGGAGAUGGUAUUUCGGGUUGAAAUUGCUUCCUUGCAUCAUCAGAUUAUAAGUUCACCCAUUCACCUUUCCAUUUACUGAAGAAAUUGCACUUGUAACAGUACAAAGUUCACUUGUUUUCACACUAAAAUGAACUGAGAUACAAAGAUGAAGAUGGACAGUGUUAAUGAUUAAUUUUGCACUUUUUAUAUUAGGCAUUGUCGUCUUUGGCAAUAAAAAUUCUUUCAGAAGAAGUAAUGUAUUGACUAUUGCACCUUAAUCAGGUUUUUAGGCCUGGCCUGUUGAUAGAUGCUUUGUUUUACUGUGCAAGGUGGGCCAGGAAUGGCUCAUUAACUGAGCACCAUGCAUCAUAAGGCAAUGAAGUUAGGAAAUGUCACCUUCUGUUACCAAGCACAGAAUAACCGUCUGAAUUUGCUGUUUUUUUAAAUGUGUCUUUGUGAUGUUUUAGGUACGUAGCAUUUUUAUGUUGGAGUGUUUAAAUUUAAGUCAGUUUGCAGUAAGACAGGCUAAUGUUGAGCAGGAAACCUGUGAUUUAUCUUCUGAAAAUUACUUUGAAAUGGCUUCAGUUUGCUGCAAUUGGAAAUGCUGGGUCCAAGGUACUUUGUUUCAGCUUUAGUGAGUUCCCAAUUCAUAUGUUGAGCUCUGGGUUGAGGAAGAUUCGAAUGGACUAAUUGUAAAAUGACGCUAGGUUGUAAAAUGACGAGUGUUAAUAAUAAAACCAAAUGUUCGGUACAGUACUGCUCAGGACGAGAGAUUAGCCCCGGGAACUAUUCUAAAUUUAAAGAUUUAUCUUGUUGAAUACAUGGUCGUUGAAUAGGCUUUUUGUUAGGUCAAUUUAAGUCCAAGCAUUUUAGUGCAGUCUUUGAUCUGCAACCAUCAGCCCCUGACCACUCCAAACACCUGGAUUGUCACUUUAAAACCUGCACGUACAGUUGUUCUCCUUAAGCGUACAAGGAGGAACUGCAGAUGCUGGCUUAAACUGAAGAUAGACACAAAAAGCUGGAGUAACUCUGCGGGACUGGCAGCAUCUCUGGAGAGAAGGAAUGGGUGACUUUUCAGGUCAAGACCCUUCUUCAGCCUCGACCCGAAACGUCACCCAUUCAUUCUCUCCAGAGAUGCUGCCUGUCCCAUUGAGUUACCACAGCUUUUUGUGUUCUCCUUAAGUUGCUGCUCUCGACACAAUGAUACUGCUAAUCUGAGGCACUAUAUACAUUUUGUUAUACAGGUAAAUUUUAAGCAGAGAUGUGACUUUUGGAUUAUUUUAUUUAACAAUAUGAAAUUGUAUAUUGAUGGCAAAGGUAAUGGUGUUUCGGGGAACUUGCAUGUUUAAAAGCACAACCAAACCUUCAGUACCUUUUUAAUGACCUCACUCGAUGCUUAAUUUAACAAAAUAAAGUAGAAUUGAAAUGAAGUGGUUUGCUAAUUCUGAUUUUUUUUUUAAACCUGUCACAAACUUUUGUCUUUUGUCCCCCACUUGGGUUUACUCUGGUUUGCUGUGCUAACUGUUUUGAACUGUAAUGUCUUUUUAAAAAAGAAUAAACUAA